AUGCCUGGAUGGUUCAAAAAGAUGUGGUAUGGGCUGGCAUCCCUCCUCAGCUUCUCCUCCUUCGUCCUGAUCAUUGUGGCCCUGGUGGUCCCCCACUGGCUGAGUGGUAAGAUCCUUUGUCAGACAGGAGUAGACCUGGUCAAUGCCACAGAUCCGGAGCUGGUCAAAUUCAUCGGGGACAUUUACUAUGGGCUCUUCAGAGGGUGCAAGGUGCGGCAAUGUGGGCUCGGGGGACGCCAGUCCCAAUUCACAAUCUUUCCACACCUAGUAAAGGAGUUGAACACAGGCCUUCAUGUGACAAUUCUGAUGCUCCUCUUCUUGGCCUUGGCCUUGGCUCUGGUCAGUAUGGGCUUUGCCAUCCUCAACAUGAUCCAGGUUCCCUACAGUGCAGUCAACGGCCCUGGGGGCAUUUGCCUCUGGAAUGUUCUUGCAGGUGGUGUCGUGGCUCUGGCCAUUGGUAGCUUCAUGGCAGCAGUGAAAUACCACGACUUGACUGAGCGGAUUGCCAACUUCCAGGAACGCUUGUUCCGCUUCGUGGUGGUGGAGGAGGAGUACCAGGAGUCCUUCUGGAUCUGCGUGGCCAGCGCCUCGGCCCACGCAGUGAAUUUGGUGGUGGUGGCCAUCAGCCUGAUCCCCCUGCCAGAGAUCCAGACCAAAGUUGAGGAGGCCACGGUCACCGCUGAAGAUAUCUUGUACUGACAGCUCUCUCCUGCCCACACACCUCCCUGGAUGAGCACUGGGCAGCGAGUCCU